AUCGCUCUCCUUCGCCCCACCCCAGGACCAUGCACCCUGCCUGGGGCAGCUGGUCAGAGAGUGGACGAGGACAUAGGGAGGGGACGAGGACACAGGGAGGGAGCGGAGCUGUCUGGGGACAAGCGAGGAGGCACAGCUCUCCUGCCCGCUUCUCCGACAGCCGACCCGGGACCCGCACUGCCUGGGGACAGCAGCAGGGCAGCACCGGGGAAGGAGGGACGUGACACAGGGGGAGGUGCCGCCAUCCUGUCGCAGAGAUGCUGGAUCUGCCCUUCCUGCCCUUCUGCAUCUUUCUCGGCGGCCUGGGCUUCAUGUGCGUGGCCUUCGUGAGCGCCUGGUGCCAGCACUGGCGCGGCGGCUUCGCCUUGGACGGCGGCCUCCAGAUGUUCAACUGGCACCCGGUGUUGAUGGUGACGGGCAUGGUGGUGCUGUACGGUGCAGCGGCCCUGGUGUACCGCCUGCCCCCCGCCUGGAGCGGCCCCAAGCUCCCCUGGAAGGUGCUGCACGGUGCCCUGACCCUGGCAGCCUUCAGCCUGGCCGUGCUGGGGCUGGUGGCCGUCUUUCGCUUCCACAACAACCACGGGACGCCCAACAUGUACUCGCUGCACAGCUGGCUGGGGCUGGCCACCGUGCUGCUCUUUUCCUGCCAGUGGCUGGCCGGCUUCAGCGCCUUCCUGCUGCCCUGGGCUCCUGCCUGGCUCCGUGCCCUCUACAAACCCGUCCACGUCUUCUUCGGCUCCACCAUCCUCAUGCUGUCCGUGGCCUCGUGCGUGUCGGGCAUCAACGAGAAGCUCUUCUUCAGCCUGAGGAACAGGACGACAGACUACAAGUACCUGCCCGCCGAGGCUGUCUUUGCUAACACGCUGGGGCUCCUCAUCAUCCUCUUUGGGGUGCUGGUGCUGGGUGCCCUGGCCAGGCCGAGCUGGAAGCGCCCCGACGCUGACUCCCCAGACUCUCGCCAGCCGCUGCUCACCGCCGAGCGCUGACGCCUGCGUGGCAGCCGAGGUCUCUCCCUGCCCUCCCGGGGCUGCCAGCCCUGAGUUGUCCAACCCCGUCGCUUCCCUGCCUGCACCGCCGACUCCGCUCUCGGCCUGUCACCUUGCCCUCGCCGGGGGCUCCCGCUGCCUGCGCCCGACGCUCAUCUGCCCGUGGGAGGAACAGGCUCAGCUCCCUUACGACAGAGAUGUUGCUGCGAUGAGGACAUCUCUUUGCCUCCUUUGUGGCCUGGCGUUGGCCUCCUGCCUGCCGUAGGAUGAGGGCAGCCGCAGUGUGAUGCUUCUGCCUGCAUCCUCAUGCCUCCACAUGCCAGCUCCUGCCGGGUCCAGCUGGUCUUUCACACCUGGACCUUGCUCCGUGCCAAACUGGCUGCCCUCGAGCCUUCCCCGGGCCCUGCAGUGCCAUCGCUCAACGCAGCAGCCGGAGCUGUCAGAGCCUCGUCAGGUCAGAAGCUGCUGGAGGAGCACCCAUGUGCCUGGCAGCGCUACCCCCCCCACCCCGGGACCAUCUCCUGCGUGGGGUGGCCCGGCUCGGGGCGGCAGGGAUGGAAGGGACCCUCACACCGUGCCUUGCCCUUCAUCGGGCUGCCUGUGCCUCUCUCUCCGCCCCGUGGGUACAGGUGGCGGGACCAGCCGAGCAGCCUCCCGGGGCCCUCAUGGACACGUAAUAAACCGCUGGCUUCUGCA